ACCAACUCCGCUCGCGUCCCACCUCUCGAGCACUCGCUCUUCCGCGCCCAAAUCCCAACACCCAGAAUCCCAUUCCCUUCGCUCCCCUCAAAGGCCUCUCCUUUAGCUCGUAGCAUCAUGAUCAACCGCAAGCGUUGCGAUGGUAAUCCCUCCAUUUCUCUGUCCCAGAGGCCCGGAAGCCUUCAAGUUCGUCGCAGCUUCGCCAAGGACGAGAAGCCGGAGGACCCGGUUCUGAAGGAGGAGGGUCCGUCGGAGAGUGAUGGGGAGAGAGGAAGGGACUGGACGACGUCGCUCUUGCUGUUUCUGCUCUGGGGAGCGAUUAUGUAUUACGUCUUCAAUCUAGCUCCGAACCAGACUCCGUCGAGGGACAUGUAUUUUCUGCAAAAGCUGUUGAAUUUGAAAGGAGAUGAUGGUUUCAGGAUGAAUGGAGUGCUUGUGUCGUUGUGGAACAUUAUGGGUGUGUGGCCUUUGGUCUAUAGCAUGCUGCUACUUCCGACAGGCCGAGGCUCGAAGGGCAGUGUUCCUGUCUGGCCUUUCGCAGUACUUUCUUUCUUUGGCGGCAUCUAUGUUCUCCUUCCGUACUUUGUACUCUGGAAACCACCUCCACCUGUUGAAGAAGCCGAGCUCAGUAGAUGGCCUCUGAAUUUCCUAGAAUCAAAGUUCACUGCUGGGAUAGUAUUUCUUGCAGGACUAGGAUUGAUCUCUUAUGCAGCUUUGGUGGGUGGAGGUGACUGGUCGGAGUUCUUCCAGUACUUCAGAGAGAGCAAAUUAAUCCAUGUCACAACCCUCGAUUUCACCCUACUGUCUGCAUUUGCUCCUUUCUGGGUUUACAAUGAUAUGACCUCUCGGAAAUGGUACGAGAAAGGUUCCUGGCUUCUCCCUCUUUCUGCGGUGCCUUUUCUUGGCCCUGCUUUGUAUCUCAUACUACGGCCUGCAGCGAAAACUGUUGCGCUUGUUUCGAGUACAUCCGAGCAAAAAUAGGUUUGUCAACUCCCUCGUCAUCGUGCAGAAUCUUCUCUCGGAAAGAAGUGGACGGAGCCAAACAGUCUUCGAUUUGGGAGGAAAAAUUCAUUGACAGAGUGAAGCUUUUGAGAUGUCUGGAGAUGAGGGUGGAUUUGGAUGCUCAGAUUGUUCCAUAGGACAUGAAGGUAGGAUAGACAAGAGUCUCCAGAG